CAUCCUGAACAGCAGCGAUUGCAGGUUAAAAAAAACAGCUGCCUCUCCCCGUGGAAUUUGCACAGCUGAGUUUGAGACGAGUCCUCUGAGAAGAAAGCGAGAGACCAGAUUGUCCAUACUAUUGCUUAAGCAGACAAGCAGAAGUCGAAGACAUGGACGUGGCACACAUUCAGGCCCUUUAUGAGCAGCAGGGAUAUCUGUCAGCUCUUCCUAUCCUGAGUCCAGAAGAGCUACAACAGGCCCGAGAUGCCUUUGCUGAGCUGGAGAGGAAACAUGGUGAAGAAUACACCUCUUACAGUCUUCAUAACGUUCACAUGGAGUAUGAUUGGGUGAUGGGCCUCGCCAAGCACCCUCGUCUUCUAGAGAUGGUCACAGCAGUUUUGGGGACUGAUGUCAUCCUACUCGACUCCAGAUUCAUUUGCAAAUAUCCAGUGCAACCUGCUAAAAAGCAAGAGAAUAAUGACAUCAUUUUGUCCUGCCAAUUGAGCACUACCCUCGAAAAGGAAAAGGAGUCAAACAACAAUAAGAAGAUUGAAAGCAUGCCAUUUGUGGCCUGGCAUCAGGACAUGAAGUACUGGGGUUUUGAUGGAGGUCCAGUUCUGUCUGUCUGGCUCGCUCUGGAUGACUCACUCGAGGACAAUGGAGCGCUGCAGGUUAUUCCAGGAAGUCACCACUCUGGCCUCCUGCCCCAUCACCAAUCAAAACGGGUCGGCAACAUGCUGAGUGUCAAUCAAGAGAUCCCAGAGGAACUGGUGCAGACUGAGAACGCAGUCUUAUGCCCCCUUCAAGCCGGUCAGAUGUCUAUCCAUGAUGGACUUUUGGUUCAUGCCAGUGAUCCCAACAUGUCUGAUCGGAGGCGCUGUGGCUAUGUGAUCCGCUAUGUCCCCACAUGUACUUAUCCAAUCCAGGACCCUGAGCGACCCAGAACUUUUCCUGCCACAGUGCUGGUCAGCGGAUUUGACAAAUACAACCAUUUCUCCGGAAAAACCUGCAAAUUGUAACUGGCUUUAAUUAAGAUCUGUAUUUAAGAAAUGAACGAAUGAAACUGUAACAGUGUUACCUGAAAGUGCUAGUUGUUUUUCCAUAGUGAUUUUAACUUGUGUUCAAAUAUGUUACUUACUAUUUUUAGUACUGUUUUUAUUCUCUGUGUGUCCCAUUCACUAAACACAAGUGAAACAAAAUGUCCCAAUUCAAUUUGAAUGAAUUAAAAAAAAAAAAAAUAUAUAUAUAUAUAUAUUCUUAUUAUUCUUAUUAUUUAACUAUUAAUAUUUUUUAUAUUUGUUCAUGCUGUGUUUCAUGAAUGGGGCCCAAGAUUUAAUUUAUGAAAACGUUAUAUAAAACUGUUAUAGUUUAUAGUAUUACUCAGAAUUUGGGUGUUAUUUUCAGGCUUUUCAGGAAAUCAUUUGCUAAGGGGUUUUAAACUUUAUGAUUUAAAACAUGAGCCUUAAAAUUAAUUCACA